AUGAAGCGAGUUUCGCCAAAAAUAAUAGCUAAUUUUAAUACAGAUCCACGUUCAUCAUAAUAAUCUUGUCAUGUAUCUAAAUCUAAGCCAUUACUAUCAACUAAUACCCUUUAAUAAUAAAAUUCAAGUAGUUUAAUUCAAUCCUUAAAUGGAUUAUGUAAGUACUUUAAUCACAAAGAAUAAAAUAAAUAAAUCUCUUAUCAUGCACCAAAAAGUAUUGAAAGAUCAUCUGCUUCAUUAUCAACAAGGGAAAUUAUAGCUACCAAUAUUUAAAAUCCUAGUCCGCUUUUAGUAAAGUAACUGUUAUAUGGUAAAAAUAAUCAAAAGGAAAAUUUAAAUUCUAAAACAAGUAUGAAUAGAAAUAACUCAAAAUAAAUACCUCAUUUAAGUAUUAAUUAAGAUCAGAAAUUGGUCAAAGGUAAUGAUAGUAGUCAUAAAAAAUGUAUGGAUAAAUUUGAUAAGAGUGAUAAAUCUAUUAAUGGAUCAAUACAAUAUUAGGAAAAUUGGAAAAUGAAAUAUGAUGAUUUAUAAUAAAAUUUAUAUGAAAGAAUUCAAUAAUUAGAAAUUGAAUUGGAAAACAUGGAAAAAGAUAAGAAAAAUGAUUAAAUACAUUCUAAUUAAUAAACAAAUGAAUAUAUUGAAAAAUUACAAAAUAUUGUAUCUGAAAAGGAUUAAAUUAUUUAUGAAAAAGAAUAAAAAAAUGAAAAAUUAUAAUAAAUUAUUGAUAUUUAACAAAUAGAAAUAUAGAAAUAUAAGAAUGGAAUGUAUAAAAUAAUUAAUGUUAAUGAAAUUCAAAGAUUAUAGUAAAUAGAUUAAAAAUUUUAAUAAAUCAAAGGAUAUUUACCAUUACUCAAUAAUAGUCUUAGAAAUAUUUAGUAAUUAUUUGAUUUUGCUUAAUCAGAAUAAUAAAUUAAUAAUUUAUCUCUAUCAUCCUUCUCUAUAGUUGAAAUGAUUAAUGAAUUUAAUUAAGUUAUUGAAGAGAGUGCUUAAAAGUCAUUUAAAAAAUUAAACUAAAAAGAAUUAUAAUUUUCUUGA